AUGUUCACUAAUACCAUACAACCGAACAUCGUCUCUCUAUUCUCUUCUACAAGCAGCGAACCCCUUUCACUGUUUUCGCAGCAGAAAGAUGGGUCUCUGGCCGCAGAUUCAUUCAUACAUUUCCUGAAUGAUGAGUCCUCGCUGCCACCUCCGUCUCCGCCUGCUGUCCUCUGCUCAAUGCCGGCAGUCGAUGACCACGAUGAAUCAAAUGCUGGCUAUGGCCUGCAUCAAACUGUCCUUCAUAUUCAGUCUCCAACUCUCCGGAUGACCUUCAUUCGGUCUCCACCUAAUACAGGUUCUGGCGACAGAGACCUAGGCUUAAAGCAUAAAUGGCUUCAUUUGCAAGUUCGGAACAUGGGCAGGGAGUGGUCUUUCGACAUUGGUAUUUUUGAUAAGUCGGGGAGGUGCGGUGUAGUUCGCUGCUCGACAUUUCAGAAAGAACCCAAACUUGCGAUGUCUCCUGCUCCGAAUGCGCCGCCAGUACUUCAUCUACCUCUUUCAUUUCCACAGCCUUCGUCUCGUCCCUUGACUGCAUGGUCCACAAUCACGCUUAACCUCCCGUCCUUGAUACCACAUUUUAACGCACUUGCUGGCAGAAAUCAGCUCGAUGACGAUGAAGGCAGUCAUCAUGAUAUCAACCGUCCAACAAUAAUGUCAACGACGAAUAUCCCUGUCCCUAGUGGGUCAUACUCGCACUUGUCGUACAUCAAAGUUUAUGCGACAUGCCGUUUACGAAGAAUAUGGUUAAGUGACCUUCCCCCGGAUUCACAAGUGCCAUGGGAGUUCGAGUUAUACGGGGCUUAG